AUGAAUACUUUUACAAAGGAAUUUGCAACUGUUUCUGAAAAUUAUUGGGUAAUUGACAGCCUGAACACCUGUAGCCAAGACCACGAAAACUGCGUAGGACAUUGGGGAUAUUUCGUACUGCCCUUUCCUAUAAUUCAUCCUGGCUACAUCAAAUAUGUAACUGCCGUUCUUCAAUCGAUUUGUAUUAAGUGUAGUAGAUUGUGCUUGCCCUCAUCUAUCAGAAAAUUUUUUAAAAGAAAAAUCGAAUACUCUAGCAGAGAUAUACUAAUUAAAGCUUCUUUGUUUUCCAAACUAAUUGAGAUUUGCAAAAAACAAGAUGUUUGUGAAUAUUGCAGUCAGCCCAGAGGAACAAUAAAGAAGAGCACUAACGGUUCAACUUCAAACACUAAAUAUACAGUUGAAUUAACACCGGAAAUGAUUUAUUCUUUUUUUGAAAAGAUACCUGAAAACGAUAGAGCUUUAAUUUUUACUCAAAACCCGGAAAAGUUCAUUAUGAAAGUAAUUCCAAUACCUCCAUCAUCGAUUCGUCCAUCGAUAAAUUUAAUGGAUUCUGGUACGAACGAAGACGAUCUGACCAUCGUACUCAAGGAUAUUAUAUUUGCUUCCAUUCAACUUGAAGAUGCUAUCAAGAACGGUAACAACUAUAACAAAAUUCAAAGUUUGCGUGACAUCUUACAAGUUCAGUACGUUAGAUUUAUAAAUUCUGAUUAUCCUCAGCUUAACAAUGUUAUAAAUUCCUUAUCUAGGAUAGGAAAUGUUAUUAGACAAGGAAGAGGUGUGUCUCAACGUUUAAAAGGUAAAGACGGACGUUUUCGAGGUAAUCUCAGUGGUAAGCGUGUAGAUUUUAGUGGUAGAACAGUUAUUAGUCCUGAUUGCAACUGCAGCGUAGAGAAUGUAGUAAUCCCAGAAUUUUGCGCUAAGCGAAUGACAUAUCCCGAAAAAGUAACUAUUUUCAACAUAGAAAAAUUGAAGCAAUGCAUCUUGAACGGACCAAAUAACUGGCCAGGAGCGUUUUCAGUUACUAAACUUGCACAAAAACAAAAAAUUUCUUUGCGGUUUGUCCAGUGUAAAUCAAUUGCAGACAAUUUAAAAGUAGGAGAUAUUGUUGAACGUCAUUUGGCCAACAAUGAUUACGUAUUAUUUAAUCGACAGCCCUCUCUGCACCGUAUGUCAAUUAUGUGCCAUAAUGUUACUGUACUCCCAGAACGCACUCUAAGAUUCAACGAAUGUGUUUGUGGACCAUAUAAUGCAGAUUUUGAUGGAGAUGAAAUGAAUAUUCAUCUCCCGCAGACUGAAGAAGCAAAAGCCGAAGCUAAGUUUUUGAUGAGUAUUAAAGAAAACUUAAGAACACCGAGAAACGGAUCGCCUGUUGUUGCUGCCACACAAGAUUUUCUAAGUGGUAGUUGGCUCAUGACUUACAAGGACGUUUUUUUUACUAGAUUUCAAAUUACUCAGUAUGUUUCUUAUUUUUGUGAUGCGUUAUUGAAAAUUGAUAUUCCAAUUCCUGCGAUUAUUAAACCUGUCGAGCUUUGGACAGGAAAACAGUUAUAUGGUUUGUUAAUUAGGUCUCAUAAAGAAGACCCAACAUUAGUUUCCUUAGAGUUGGCAGAAAAGAAUUAUUCCAAGUCAAACCCGAAAUAUCCAUGGAUGUGCAGAAAUGAUGGAUAUGUUAUUAUACAGCGAUCAGAAAUUAUCUGUGGUACACUAGGAAAAUCCGUAUUAGGUUCAGGUAAUAAACACGGUUUGAUUGCGUUUUUAAUAGAGUACAAUUCAAACAACGCAUGUAUCGUUAUUUUGAACAGACUUAGCAAAUUGUUUGGGCGCUGGCUGACUGAAAGAGGUAUGACUAUAGGGAUUGAAGACGUUACUCCAAAUUCAGCGAUCAGUGAAGAUAACAAAGAGCUAAUUGUAGAAGCAUACAAAAAAAUAGAUUUUUUCAACAAAGAGUAUUCCCAGAAACUACUUAUUCCCGAUUCGGGAAGCACUGUUAAGCAAACCUUAGAACGUAGAACAAAGUCUAUACUCGAUUCUGUCAGAGAGGGUUCUGGUAAAAAAUGCAUUAAACACUUGCAUCCGCUUAACAAGCCUUUGAUUAUGUUUUAUUCUGGAUCAAAAGGAAGUUUAAUUAAUAUUGCGCAAAUGACAUGUUUAAUUGGGCAACAAAAUGUAAACGGAGAACGUAUUUGGAACGGGUUUGUUGGACGAACUUUGCCUCACUUCUGGUUUGAAGAAAGCGACUCUCCACGAGCAAAAGGAUUUGUACAAAACAGUUUUUAUUCUGGAUUAGAUCCAGAUGAGUUCUUUUUUCACACAAUGUCUGGUCGAGAAGGUCUAGUCGAUACCGCAGUAAAAACUGCCGAAACUGGUUAUUUACAGAGACGACUUGUCAAGGCAUUAGAAGAUUUAAGCAUUCGAUACGAUAAUACUUUGAGAACUUCAUCUCAACACAUUGUUCAAUUUGUUUACGGAGACGACUCUCUCAACGUGCAACUGAUCAACUCCAGCAAACAACCAUUCGACAUUGACAAAAUUUAUGAACAUAUAUGUAGAAUGCGGGUAUUAACACUAGGGCAAAUAUUACAAAUUACUUUGGAUGCAGAUUUAAUGGCAUUGCAAAUGCCUAACAUCUUAAAAUUUGUAUAG